UAACAUAAUCGUUCAUUCAGAUAUUGUUUUUGUUAUGAUUUCACCUUGUUAGGUGGAUAAUUGUUUUAAAGUUGGUACUUGGUAGCACUGAAGACAAAAGAUUAAAGAUAAAAGAAAAAUAUAUAUGUAUAUAUUUAUAUUAAUAGUUUUUAAAAUUAUUAAACUGUAAACAGUGUGAUUCGUGGUGGAUUAUUCAGUGAUUUGUGUGAAUUCACUGGGUUUAACGUAAUUGACUUUACUGGUGCUUUAACUGCUCUACUGUUACGACUGCUUAAGUGGUUAAUGUUAAUUGAUCUAUAAUGGAAAGAAUAUCAAGAUACCAAUUACAACUAGAUUCAAUGGACUUGAAUUACUUACCCAUAUCAUUUUCAAGAGAUUUCACCAAAACAGCUCCUUUAUGGAGUUUUGGAUCUGAUAGUAAUGAGUACUUUGAAUUUGAAAUCCGUAAUAAAGUCGAUGACAAUAUCCAAGAUUCUACUAUAACAGCAACAUGUUACAUUUGUGCCAUAGAAGUUCCCAAAUUAUUCUUUAAAGACCACUGUAAAAGUAAAAGACACUACAUUAAUAAAUGCAUAGCAGAAACAGCAUUAGAUCGUAUGAAAAAACAUUUACAAAACAAAGAAGACUGUGAGAUUACCAAUGAUGUAUGUGAUACAUACUUCUGUCCUGAAUGUGUUGUUACUGUCUCCCAAAAAGACCAAAAGUCGCAUGAAAACCUUCAAUCCCAUAAAUAUUUGGCUAUGUUUGACAACUUGUUUGAAAACCUUUACAAAAUAUAUGCAAAUGAAAGUGAUACAAAAAAUACACAAGAUGGAGCAGAUAUAUCACAUAUCACAGAUUCAUCCAAAAUCAAUAGCAUUAAGCUGGACUGGGAUCCUAAUGAUUCAAUACAAUAUGUUAAUAAUAAAAGACAACCUGAUGAGCCUAAUGUGAGUUUAGAUAGUUCAAAAUUAAACAGAUAUUCAAUUUCAGACCUAAAAGGAUUGGAUGUUGACUGUGAUUCUUCUGACACAUCCAUUUCAAAAACAUUAAUAGAUAAAGCAAAUAAUGUUUUAAAAAGUAAAGAAUUCGUUUCUGAAGAAUGUGAAUCUAAAUCAAAUUUUACAUCUAUUCCAUUUGACAAAGAUUCAUUUGAGAACAAUGAGCUUUCAAAUUGCAUUUCUGUAGAUGGUGAUAACUUUAAUUGUAAUGUAUGUUAUUCAACUUUUAAUAAAAAUUCAUUAAACUCACACAUAAAUGGAUCUAGACAUAAAAUGAACAAGGUAUCUAGGGUACAUUAUAUGAUGAAGGAAUCUGGAAAUGAUUUGUAUUGCAUUGUUUGUUGCAAUAUUUUAGAAAAUUCAGUUAAGUCAGCAAAGGAUCACUGCAAAGGAUCAAACCAUACAAUGUUGUAUAAAAAAAUUCUGAAAGAAAAUGGAAUCAGACUCACAAGGUCUCAAAUUCAUUGUGAACUUUGUGACAAAACUAUUCCUAAAAGAAAUGAAUUUGUCCAUAUUUUUGGUUGUAAGCAACAUCAUAAAAAAAGGUCUAAUAACUCAUUUUGCAGUGUUUGUGAUAUAUUAAUACCAAAUAAUGAAGUCAAAAAUCAUGACAAUUCUGAUUUACAUAAAACUAAGCUAGAAUGUAAACAGGACAAAUUUAUAAAUGGUAAUAAUAAAGCUAUAAUUAAUAUGACAAGAAAUGCUGAAACUAUGGAAGACACCUCUUCAAAUGAAACUAAGACUAGUGAGCCAUAUUUCUGUGUGAUAUGUCUAGUAAAUGUACCCAACACUCCAAAAAAUAUAGAGAUGCACAAUAAUGGAGCUUCACAUAGAAAGAAGGCUCAACAGUAUUCAGAAAUAAUAGUUGUUCCCGAAUCUUCUGUGAAAAGUGAAGUAAAUGAAGCCAACAGUAUUUAUUAUUGCGACAUCUGUCAAUGCAGCUUACAUAAUAGCAGCGACAUGAUAGCCCAACAUAUUAUUGGAACACCUCAUAUAAAGAAGUUAAUAAAAUUGCAGGAAUCGUUACAUACAACAAAAGAACUGCCAAUCUCAAAACAAGGAGAGAAAAAAGCCGAAAUUGUUUGUAAAGUGUGCAAAGUGAGAGUUCCUAAUACCAAAACAAAUAUAAGUGAACAUGGCAAGGGUAAAGUACAUUUGAACAAUUAUAAACUUACUUUAGAAUCAGAAAAUAUAGUUUCCGAUGACAACAAACAUUACUGUCAGUCAUGUAAUGUAUAUAUAGAGAAUCCUUUAAAACAUAUUGAAGGAAAAAAUCAUAAAAAUAAAAAUAAACUGCAUAUAAAGAAUCUUUCAUUUAAAACAACACUUAAUGGUGACGAAACCACAAACCAACUGUCAAUUACUGAGGCACAUGUUGCAGAAGAAUCAAUAUUGGUUAAAACAGAUUCAACAAUGGACCAAAACUGUUCUGUGUCUGAUGUAAAGACGCAGGAACAAAUACCAUUGGUUUCUGGUUAUAAUAACAUGUGCAAUGAAAAUCUAUCAGACCCUGAAAAGAUAGAUUCAAGCCCAAGCUACACUGCUUCUGACAAAAGUACCCUUAUCCUCGAGCAUGAAAAUCUAUCAGACCCUGAAAAGAUAGAUUCAAGCCCAAGCUACACUGCUUCUGACAAAAGUACCCUUAUCCUCGAGCAUGAAAAUCUAUCAGACCCUGAAAAGAUAGAUUCAAGCCCAAGCUACACUGCUUCUGACAAAAGUACCCAUAUCCUCGAGCAUGAAAAUCUAUCAGACCCUGAAAAGAUAGAUUCAAGCCCAAGCUACACUGCUUCUGACAAAAGUACCCUUAUCCUCGAGCAUGACAGUAAAAAAACUCCAUUAAAAAUCGAAGAAAGCAAUACUGUAAUUCCGAGUUCUUUAAAAGAAAAGCCAAAUGUUGUACAGGAUGAUCAAAAGUUAUUAAAAAGUGAAUGGAUCACUAUACUUGAUGGAGAAUAUUAUUGCAAAAUAUGCAGUACUUCUUUGCUAAAUGUUAAAAAUCAUAUAAAUGACAGAAUGCACCGCUAUCUUCAUCCAAGAUUUCCAUAUUAACAUUUUUUAAUAUAGAAAUCUUGUUAUUUUCCAUGACAUGUGUGCAUACUUUGUCUACUUAGAGAUAUCUAAGAUGUUAAAAAUACUUCAUUUAAAGUUUAAAAAUUGACUACAAUCCACAUGGGUGCCUUUUAAUAUUUAGAUAUUUAUUGAGACAUAAAGAAGAAAAUAUAACCACAUAUUUAAAUUUAUGUUCGUUCAAAAAUAUGUUCCAAAGAAGAGCAUUCAGGAGCAAUCACUGGAAUAACCAAAUGGCCUUUAAACUAGAUAGACAUAUAGUUUUACUUAUUAUUGUGAAUAGUCUGUGCUGGUGCUACUAUGUUUGAUAUAAAGAAGAUAUAAACGCAAAUUUAUUACUUUUACAUAUCCGUUGUCCAUUUGAAACGUCCGAUACUUGUAAUAAAUUCACCUUCGUACCGUUUAAAAAAAAGUUUUUUCUUGUUCUAGACAACAUUAUGACGUUUGUUUUGCGACGUUUAUUAUAUUGUUAUUUGUUGCACUUUCAGCCUUAUUGAAAUACUUUUCUCAAAAGGAAAGUGUCAACUUUACGAUCAGCUAUUACUCAUAUUGUGAAUUACAUCUAACAAGUGUUACAGUAUAAAUGCGAGAAUGGUGCGCUGACUGACGUCAUGAAAAUUUUGCUGAAUCUAUAAUUAUCGUAAUUUUAAAACUGUAUAAAAUGUGUCAAACAAGACGUGAUUCUUGACGAUUAUUACUGACGGUAUUAGUCUAAAUAAAUUAUCACAUUUUAUUGCUGUAGAUAGUUCUAUUAAUAAAAUAUGGAAAAAUGUAUAAGUGCCUAAAAUUAUGUUUAUUGAUAGAUUACUAAGCUGAAUUUAUAUUCUGUUUUGACAAUAAAAAAUUUUACUCAAUAA